AUGGGCUCGGCCCCGGCGGGCGCUGUGCGGGCGCGCUACCUCGUGUACUUCCAGUACUGGGGCACGGCCUUCAACGGGGUCGCUGCCGUCAGGGGCGCCCAGCGCGCCAUCGGAGUCCAAAACUUCCUGGAGGAGGCCGCAGAGAGGCUGAAUUCGGUCGAGCCCGUCAAGUUUACCAUCUCCAGCCGCACAGAUGCUGGUGUCCACGCACUGAGCAACUCAGCGCACCUGGAUGUCCAGCGGCGCUCUGGCCAGCCACCCUUCUCCCCCGAGGUCCUGGCUGAGGCCCUCAACACCCACCUGAGACACCCAGCCAUCAGGGUGGUGCGGGCCUUCAGGGUGCCCAGCAACUUCCAUGCCCGCCACACAGCCACAUCCAGGACCUACCUGUACCGCCUGGCAACUGGCUGCCCCCGGCCAAAUCAACUCUCUGUGUUUGAACGAAACCUGUGCUGGGCACUGCGGGCUAACAGCCUGGACGUGGCCGCCAUGCAGGAAGCUGCCCAGCACCUCCUGGGGACGCAUGACUUCAGUGCCUUCCAGUCAGCCGGCAGCCCAGCCAAGAGCUCAGUGCGCACGCUGCGGCGUGCCACCGUGUCCCCUGGGCCUGCCAGCCCCUUCCUCAGUCCCCAGGAGAACAGGGGACUGCAGUUCUGGAGCCUGGAGUUCGAGAGUCAGUCCUUCCUGUAUCGGCAGGUACGGAGGAUGACAGCGGUGCUGGUGGCCGUGGGGCUGGGGGUGCUGACGCCUGCCCAGGUGAAGGCAAUCCUUGAGAGUAGGGACCCCCUGGGCAGGCACCAGACACGUGUGGCCCCAGCCCAUGGCCUGUUCCUGAUGGCAGUGCGGUACCCAGGCCUCGGGGACCUCGGAGGCUGA